AUGGUCGAGAUACAGGGUCCCUUGCCGCCAGCGCCUCCUAAACCUUCGUUUGCUAAUCGGAUCAAAAUCAAACUCGAAUAUAAUGACUUGAAAUCUCAGUUCUAUCAGGUCACUAAUCUUAAAGAAUCCCUCUUCCACGAUCUUUCGGAAAAACAGGCCAAAGAAUUCAAUUUGAUCUUGGAUCAAAUCGAAUUGAUCCGAUCCCGGAUGCCGAUAAGUGACCAGCCACAAGGGCGAGCGGAAGGCGGCGACGAUUGGGAGCUUCGACGGGUGCGGAAAUACCAGGAGAACCCGGGCGGGGGGUUCAUGUACGAGUCGGAUGAGGAUCUGAUCCGGGGGCGAAGCUCGGCCUCUCUGCAUCCGCUACAUCAAUGUCUCCUACAUAACCCCCCUUUUUUCAUCAACACAAGACUCGAAGAAAACAAAAGCACUUACGAUACUCUUCUUUUAUGA